AUGUCAACGGGCAAACCCGAGAACGUUACACCUGGAGCUCCACCGAAGAAGUGGGCGCGCCAUCUUCUGGUGCUGCUGGGCAUCGUUUUGCUGGUCUUCGUCUUUGACUCCUUGGUCUUUGGCUCGGUUCCACUGAGCCUGAAGCAGUUCCAGUGGAGCGCCUGCGACUUGGUCAUCAGCUUCCUCCUGGGCGCGUGCGCGCUGCAGGCAUACCUCCUCAAACGAAAGUCGCCAGAGGCCAGGACAGAGAAAGAGGAGAAGGAGAACGGCAAUGGGAAGCCGCCGGCCAAAACGAUGAGCAACAUCAACAGGGAGCUGGACCGAGUGUCGCAGCAGGGGGCGAAGCAGGUGGAGGCCGUCCUCCGCAAGUUUGAGGGUGUGCCAGGGGCCCUGGAUGCCUUGAGCUACAAUCUGGUGAUCCGCGCGCACGCCAAGGAGGGCAACCACAAGCGAGCCGGGGAGUGGAUCAUGCGCAUGGAGGAGCGGGGCAUCAAGGCCACGGUCUGCAGCUACAACACCCAGCUGGACGCCUGCGCCAAGGCGCAGAACGCCGAGGCCUGCGAGCGCUGGCUGCAGCGCAUGCUGGACCAGGACCUCCAGCCCAACGUCAUCAGCUUCGCGACGGUGAUCCACGUCUUCGCGCGGCGCGGGGAUGCCGAAAGGGCGCGGAGGAGUUCCUGGGCCUGGUGGCCUCCGUGCCCGUGGAGAGCUCCGAGCAGCCGCGGGCCGUGGAGGUUCUGUGGCACUUCCUGCGGGACAUCGACCCUUGGAGCCUUGAUGCCUGGCGCCUCUUCGCGUCGAUGGGGGCGCAAAGGGCCAACCAGCAGGUCUACGACUUCAAGAUCCGCCUGCGGGGCUUGUUGUCCGCAACUCCUUGGAGGGAGGUGGAGGACAUGGCCAUGCAGCACAGCCGCCUGUCUUCCAGCAGUUCUGCCUCUGGCACCUGGCGACUUCGCAGGGCAAAAUGGUGGUCGAGCUGGAGCCCGAGGAGCUGACGGCCGACGGCCCUCCACUACGCCAACUUGGAGUGAGGAGUGUGAGAUGUCGCACUUGGCGGAGGUCUACCGCGCCACCGCGGCCAACCGCGACUUCUUGGCCUACCAGCUGCUCCCAAGCCUCCGGACGCCGCGCUUUGCACCACCUGCAGCGUCCGUGUUUGUGGGCCCGGUGGUCUUGCCGCCCUGCCUGGGCCGCGGUCUGGAGUGGCCCGGCAGGGGAUGGCCAUGCUGCGCCAAGCGCUGA